UGGAACUUUUCUAAGGAAUAAACCCGAUCGAAACCAGCACAGACCCAUCUGAUUCUGAAAGGAGGAUGAACAAGGACCAUUCAGGGGCCACAGACAUGGCAUUCUACGUAUAUUAGAGCAAUCCAGCUUGCUCUGUGAACGUGAACGAUACAUAUGUUCAGAGUAUAGACUCACAGCCUGUUUGGCCGGGCCUCAUAGGAAUCAAGUCAAAUACAUCGAAACGAAGUCCUUCCUGCCUCGAGUGGGCCCCGCUCGACCGGGACUAGCAGCAUGACAGACAUGAUCUUCAUGGUACAUCGAGAUAUGGAUCCCAAAAAGACAGCUCCCAUGUUGCUGGUCCUGUUCGUGGUCAUUACGGCGACCAUGGUGGAGCCGGCCAGAGGCAGCACGUGCAUGACCACGUUCUUUGCCACCCUAGUCCAGAUGAUCCCGUGCCGGCCAGCUGUGGCACCCUUCAGCCCAAUCCUGCCGAGCGAGGCCUGCUGCAACGCCAUCAAGGCCCUCGGGCAGCCCUGCCUCUGCGUGCUCCUUAGCGGGCCCCCUAUCUCCGGCAUGGACCGCAACAUGGCACUCCAGCUCCCAUCCAAGUGCACCGCCAACUUUGAACCAUGCAACACGACGAAGCACUAGGUACGAAUGAAGGCCGAUUACAAAUCUUAGCCGUUGCGUAGGCUUUUGCAAAUAAUUUGGGUGAAGAGCUGCCGUUGGAAGAUGUUUGUCAUUGUUACGAGUAUUUCCAUGUAGUAGAAUAAAAAGAGUGACCAAAGGAUAAUAUGUACCUUUGGAUAAUUGAGGGAACGAAUGAAUUCUAUGUAGGAUUUUCUUCGUGGAGUCAUUAGAAUUUCAGAAUCAGGCCUCUUCCAAUA